AUGCCACACAAAAUUGGAUUCGUAGUUAUCAGUUCAUCAGGACAUGAAGAUGGCUUCAGUGCAAAAGAACUGAUGGUUCAUGCACCAACAGUCAAUGGAUGGAGAUCACCAAGACUCUGCCAGUAUCCACAAGAAAUCGUCCUUCAGAUGGUGGAGAGAUGUCGAGUUCGAAAGCUGCAAUUACUCGCUCAUCAGUAUAUGAUUUCAAGCAAAAUUGAGUUCUACAUUACUGAAAAUCUGCCUGAGUACUUUGCACCGUAUCAGUCAGAGCGGUUUCGCAGACUGGGUUAUGUCUCUCUCUCAGACAAUGAGAAGACCGGGUACAAAGCACGGGAGCUGAAGUCAGUCUACGUGGAUGCAGUAGGACAGUAUCUAAAACUCACUUUCCAUAAAAAUUACAUCAAUAGAUACAACUUAUACAGUCAGGUUGCUCUGGUAGCAAUAAAUAUAAUUGGGGAACCUGCAGACUACAGCAAUGACAGCAAUAAUCCUUCAAGAGAGAAGCUGAUUGACCAUUACCUUGGGAACAAUCCAGAUGACCUAACCUUAGAUGGAACAUACCUUGGAAAACCUGACUCUAUUUCACCACUGGAUGAUUUGGCUUUUGAUAUGUACCAGGAUCCAGAAGUUGCUCAGAUAAUUCGUAAACUGGAUGAGAAAAAGCAUGAAGCUGUCCAUCAUGAACGUUAUGACUAUGCCAAGAAACUCAAACAAGCUAUUGCUGACUUGCAAAAGGUUGGGGAACGACUCGGGCGGUAUGAGGUAGAGAAGCGCUGUGCUGUAGAGAAGGAAGAUUAUGAUCUUGCUAAACAGAAGAAACAGCAGAUGGAAGAGUACCGCCUGAAGGUGUAUCAGCAACUGGAGCUGCACAACCUUCUGGAUCCAGAGCUGAUGAUCCAAAGACCUCCUGAAUUGCCACUUGAGCCUAUGGUUUAUUCAGUUAGCCCUCGGCAAAAGAAACCCAUGCAGUCACCCCAGCAUGAGAAAACAGAAGCACAGAAGAUUGAGCCUUUGCCACAAGAAAAGCCACCCAAGACAACUUCCCCUGAGCCCAUUGUUCCUGAACACUCCGCUUCUCCUGUUGCCCAGCCACCAGUCUCUGUAGAGGGUUUUCCAAAGAUAAAUGUUGAAUUUUUGCCAUACGAUGAGAGACCUCUUCCAGCUAUUCGUAAGCAGCAUGAGGAUGGAUUUGCCUACCUUGAGCCAGAGAUGAAUGAAGAAGAUAUCAGUGAUACUCCAAGAAGUGGCAUCACUGGGGAACCAGAACCAUUAACUGAGAAAGUGCUGAGGGAGGCUAGCCCUGCCAUUGAAGUUUUCGGAGAGGCCUUGGUUGCAGGAGCAUAUUCCAAGACUUGGUCGUAUCGAGAAGAUGCAUUGCUUGCUAUAUAUAAAAAGCUGAUGGAAAUGUCUGCCAGCACAUCUAAGGAUGAUUUAAAGAAUAUGCUUAGAGCUGCUGUCUUUCUUAUAAGAAGAGCCAUAAAAGACAUAGUGUCUUCAGUUUUCCAAGCUUCCCUGAAACUUUUGAAAAUGAUCAUCACUCAGUAUAUACCAAAGCAUAAACUGGGUAAACUGGAAACAGCUCAUUGUGUGGAAAGAACGCUUCCAAAUCUGCUUUCUAGAACAGGAGACUCCUCAACCCGUCUUCGUAUUGUGGCUGCCAACUUUAUUCAGGAAAUGGCACUAUGUAAUGAAGUUAAACCUCUUCAAAUCAUUCCGGUUCAUCUGGUCCAGCCAUUGAAACCAAAUUCCCCUACUCAUCUGGCAAUGAGUCAGGUGGACUUGGUGGAACGGCUGUUGAAAGACCUGGGAACAGAAAACUCUGGGUUUACCAUUGACAACGUCAUGAGGUUUGCGACAGGGGCAUUGGAGCACAGAGUAUAUGAGGUACGCGAUACAGCAUUACGGAUUAUCUUCGACAUGUACAGGCAGCACCAGGCCAUUAUACUGGACUAUCUUCCUCCAGAUGAUGCCAACACACGCAAGAAUGUUCUCUAUAAAACACUCUUUGAUGGAUUUACAAAAAUAGAUGGUAGACUUACUGAGGCUGAGCUUAGGGCACAGAAAAAGGCGGCCACAGAAGAAGCAGAAAAACAGAAGAAAGAGGAGAUUACGGUCCUGCAAGGGCAGCUAGCAGCACUGAAGGAGAUCCAGGCAGAAGUUCAGGAGAAAGAAAAUGAUUUUCAAAAGCCAAAGACUCAAGGUGAGCAGGUAAAGAAAGUCACCCUACCUGCGGCAACAGAGAUUCCAGAUGAUCAUUCCUCGGUUGCAAAUUAUUUAGAUAACCUAUGCAUUUUUUGUGGUGAAAGGGACGAAUCCUUCACAGAGGAAGGCUUGGAUCUCCAUUACUGGAAACAUUGCCCUAUGUUGACAAGAUGUGAGCACUGCAAACAGGUGGUGGAGAUAGCAAGCCUGACCGAGCACUUGCUGACUGAGUGUGAUAAAAAAGAUGGCUUUGGGAAAUGUCAGCGCUGUAGCGAGGCCAUUCCAAAAGAGGAACUGCCCAAACAUGUGAAGGGAAAGACUUGCAAUCCUGCAAAACCAGAAAAGGUGGCAAACCAUUGUCCAUUGUGCCAUGAAAACUUCGCCCCAGGAGAGGAGGCCUGGAAAUCUCACCUAAUGGGUAAAGAUGGCUGUAGAAUGAAUCUGCGGAGGGCGCAUACACUAAAUAAAACCCUGCUGAUGCAGCCUGGCAAAGCAGCAGGAUUAACCGUAACCAAAUCCAGUCCUACAGCAACAAAGUUUCGAUCCCCCUCUGUAGGAAGCAAGAUCCCUACCCCAAAAGGGGGCCUGAAUAAAAGCACUGGCAGAACAUAUGCAAAGCGAUGA